AUGCCGUUCUUAAAUGCCGAUAUUACUAGCCUAUGUGCUACGUUGCCGGAAUUCUCCACCGGAGACAAUUUAUCUACCUUUUUAAAAUCGGUUGAUAACUUAAUUACAUUCCUGGUAGGCCAACAGCUUACAGCUUCGCAAGAAUUUAUCUUAAACUCUAAUAUUAUUGCUCGUAUCAAAGGCGAACCACGGGAUUUUCUUAAUUAUUCAAACAAAACUGCUUGGGCUGAAGUCAGACCGGCUCUUUUAGCUAAGUACGGAGACAGACGCUCCGAAGAUAUUUUAGUUACUCAACUUUCAACAACAGUUCAAAAAAAUCACGAAUCUUAUGAUCAAUAUCACCAGAGAAUUACAAAAAAUUUAAACGAUUUAUUACAACAUACAACUCUAAAUGAUAAUGUUGAAACUGCUAAUUUUAAGACUCCCUAUUUUAAAAAUAUAGCUUUAAAAACAUUUUGCACAGGUAUUAAUGAACCAUAUGCCGAAUAUUUGUCGCAUUUUACAAUAACUUCGCUUGAACAAGCGCUCCAAAAAUGUAUAGUUUAUGACAAUCACAAAUCUCAACAGAAAUAUAUGAAUUAUUUAAAGACGCAACAAAAUAAUAAACCAUUUUCACCAAAACAGAAACCUGCUAAUACAAAUCAGACAUUUUUUAAUAAUAACCCAAAUCCUACAAGAAAUGUUUUUCAACCAAACUCUAACUCUUAUCCAAGACAACCAAACUUCAACUCUUUUCAGAGACAACCAAAUUUCAACUCUAAUCCGAGACAAAAUUUUUCUCAAACCAAUUCUAACUUAGCAUCAAGAAACAACGCCCAUCAGAGCACAAAUUUUGCUACUAGGCCAAACACCAAUGCAACUCCUAAUUCCAAUUUUAAUUCUUUUAGAAAUAAUCCACAAAAUAAUAAUAAUUUCAAUAGACAAAUCCGAAAUCCCCAACCUGAAAAAUAUCAUGCUACCCCAAUGACCGAGGUACAAACUCUCGCCACAAGAAAUGAACCCAUGGAUUUGGAUGCGUCCACUAUUAGACGUACGCAUAAUUUUAAUAUUAAUGCAAACUCAGACGAAAAUUUCGAAUACGCCCCUGAAUAUUUCGAAGUUACUGACGAUGACUAUCCCCAAGAAUUAGUUGAAGAAACUUCUCAGGAUUUUCUCGAGGAUCCAACAGACGAAGAUCCCCCACCAAUAUCGAUCUAA